UCUCCAGGAGGAGGGGAAUAAACACUCAAGAGGACGGGAAAGGCUUCACACUGAUUCACAGUGAACUUUUUAGAUCUCACUAUCACAGAGAGAGAGAGAGACUGACUCUCACUCCCUCUCUCUCACACUCACACACACACUCACACACACACACACGUUAGGAGACCGCCCACCGCCGCGCUAAGACCCCAUCGAUUUAAAGCGAGACUGCGUGGCGAGCCUGACGUUCAUUCAAUAGAGCGAUCAUAAGCAGCGGGCUGUCUGGACGGGCGCGCUCCUGCCUUCCUUGCCUUGCCCUCUUGCCUUCUCUUUCUUGCCUGCCUGGCUGCUGGAGGCUUCUGCCUGGGGUCUUCUCUGGCGCUGAGGAGGGGGCCAAGUCCAGAACCGAGGAUGUUAAACCAGAGAAUCUUCCCCGGAGGCAUGGUUUUACUCCUGAUGUUUUUCUGCCACUUCAUGGAAGAUCAGACAGCGCAGGCUGGGAACUGCUGGCUCCGGCAAGCCAGGAAUGGCCGUUGCCAGAUCCUCUACAAGAACGGGCUCAGCAAAGAGGAAUGCUGCAAAACGGGCCGCCUGACCACGUCGUGGACCGAGGAGGACGCCAGCGACCACAUGCUUUUCAAGUGGAUGGUUUUUAGUGGCGGGGCCCCCAACUGCAUCCCUUGCAAAGAAACCUGUGAAAAUGUGGACUGUGGUCCAGGGAAGAAGUGCAAAAUGAACAAAAAGAACAAACCUCGGUGUGUCUGUGCUCCAGAUUGCUCUAAUAUCACAUGGAAAGGCCAGGUGUGUGGCUUGGAUGGCAAAACCUACAAGAACGAGUGUGCCCUCCUGAAAGCCAGAUGUAAAGAACAACCUGAACUGGAAGUCCAGUAUCAGGGCAGAUGCAAAAAGACUUGCAGGGAGGUUUCAUGCCCAGGCAGCUCCACCUGUGUGGUUGAUCAAAAUAAUAAUGCCAACUGUGUGACAUGUAAUCGGAUUUGCCCAGAGCCUACUUCCCCGGAUCAAUAUCUUUGUGGGAAUGAUGGGAUUACAUACGCAAGUGCAUGUCAUCUGAGGAAAGCUACCUGCCUGCUCGGAAGAUCCAUUGGCUUAGCAUACGAGGGAAAAUGCAUUAGACAAAGUGAGAGGGCUUAUGUCACCAAUGUCCCAGAUGGGCUGUCAGCCCAUGAAUCUUGUGUUCCACCCUCAAACCAGUCUUCUGGGGAACAUGAGGCCAAAUCUUGUGAAGACAUCCAAUGCAGCACGGGAAAGAAAUGUUUGUGGGAUUUUAAAGUGGGCAGAGGACGGUGUGCCCUUUGUGAUGAGCUAUGCCCCGAAAGCAAAUCGGACGAAGCUGUCUGUGCCAGCGAUAACACCACUUACCCAAGCGAGUGUGCCAUGAAGGAGGCAGCCUGUUCCUUGGGUGUGCUUUUGGAAGUAAAGCACCCAGGAUCUUGCAACUCCAUUAAUGAAGAUCCUGAGGAAGAUGAAGAAGAGGAUGACCCGGACUACAGCUUUCCUAUAUCUUCCAUUCUAGAGUGGUAAAACUUCCAUCGCUUUUGGAACAGCCAAUUUGGGCAAGAAAUACAAAUGUCCAUACUGUACAUAAAUGUAUGCUUAUUUAUUUGGGGAAGAAAAAAGUAUACAUAUAGUUGAAUCUUGUAGACAUUUAUUUAUACUGUGUCAUGUUUUAUAAUUUAUACAUAAAAAUGUCUGAUUGACCUUUUUUUGAAGAAAUUUAAUCGUUAUGGGAUAAGCAGUGUUAUUUAUUGUGCGGUCACUUGCUUGUAAAGUAAAGCUUCUUUUUUCUUGUAAACUAUAAAUCCAUUCCUUCGAGCUUAACGCCCCACCCCUUCACAACGCUGAUCUCCUUGUUUCUGCCAGUGUUAACUCUGUCCCACUUUAACAACACUUUGCAUGUCCGUUUCUAUUACAUUUUUAUUUAUUGCAUUUCCUUCUUGCCGGUUCUGUACAUACAUCCAUGAUCCCUCGGGUAUUUGUUUACAAGGAAUCUUGACUGACCAAAAGGCGCUGUAAACUGACUUAACUAUAUAUUCGGGGUGCAAUGAGGCAAUCUGUAAGGAACCUCUUCCCCUUGAGUAUGUUCUUCUUCUGAUUGUAUCAUGUACUGAGGUGAUCUCAAAGUACUGGACAUGUAGACUGUACUAUGAGAAUCCAAACCCAAAGAUCGGAUUAUGAAGGCUAUUAAUAGCAGUGUGGCUAAAUGUAACGAGAGCAUUUGUAAAACACAUUGUCACCAAUGUCAAUGUUUUUCUUGGGUCUGUCUUUGGAGAUGGUCCUGCAGUUCCAUUUUUUAAAAAGUUCUUAUGUUUCUCUUUCAAAGUGUUCACAGAUUAUUAUUAUAUCAAAGCUUUAUCAGUUCAAGUUUCUUGCUUUUCAUAAUACUUUUUUUUCUGAAGCAAUUUUAUAUUUUCAAACAUGGCGAGUUAAAUAUAAAUUCAUUUAAAUAUAUAGUUUUGUACUUUUCUACCAUGUAAAUGUGCAAUGUAUAUAAAAGUUAUAAUGUGUAUUUGUAAAUAAAUUAUGAGUGAAAAAAAAUAAAAAAUGGAUUUUCCCCACUACAUAUAAGGGAAAAUAUAUAUAUAGGCUUUGGUUAUUGGUUGUUUAAUGUGCUUUACAAGACUGUUUUUUUUAAAAAAAAAAAUGCGGACAGGGUUAGUGUUCCAAUAAUUGGUUCAGAACCUGCAGGCUGUUUUCUCAUGUCCCUGAUAUGAUGUAGACACUUUGUUGAAGUUAAUCAGGAUUAUGUAUAACCUAUGUCUAAACCGAAGACCAGCAGGGAUCACCUUUGGAGUUUUAUGGUCAUGGAAGAAAGGUGGAAUGUAAGAUUUAAUACACCAAUACAUUUUUUAAAAAUACCUUUCUUAGAUUCAAAAACAUAUGCAGCCAAUGUUGGAUGGGCUCCAACAACAAACUGGUUUAGAUUAGUUUUGAAUAUGGCAACUUACUCGGUCAUUUAAGGUGAGUAGUAACAGCCAUAAGGUGCCCAGGAAGCUAAGCUUCGAAACUGGCCCUUUUUGGAUCCCAAGUUAGCUGGGGGACUCUGGGAAAGUCAGUCCACAAUUCCCUUUUCUACGCUGCAAAGAAGGGAAGUUUUUAUAAGCUAAAAACAAUAGUGGUGUUGAUAGAGGUGGGUUUGUUUUUCUCCCAGCAAUAAGUGUGGCCUACUAGACCUAUUUGUAGGGCUACUGUAAAUGUUCUGUUGGUGAAGCGAGUUGACAUCCCUUAAGUAAAUUUCCCUCCUCUUUACUACUUACCAGUUUUCUAAAUGACCAGAAGUCACAUCAUUGGCAAAGAGAGGAGAAAACUAUAGUAUGUAAUGGCACAUAUUCAUAUAAUCAGUUCCAAUGAUAUUGGUGGGGACUUACCUGGGGGUUCAGCAUCUCUCUGGCCAAAUAUAAAGUUAACCCUGGAAGAACUAAAAUAUCAAAUUAUAGAACAUGAAACUAAACAACGAUAUGAAUAUUUAAAAAAAACAAUAGAAUCUGAGGCAAUUUGAAAAUAAUGAAGCGGUCUAGAAGAGUUCUUAGUGUCUGGUGGGGUGUUAAACAGGCACAGGUUCAGUCAUUUUUACCUACCAUCACAGAUUCAACCUCAAUCAUUUAAAGCAAAAUUCUGCACUGCAGCAUUGUAAAUGUUUCUUUUGGAUGUAAAGUCAUUUUUAGAAGUCUAGAAAACUCUAGUCCCACUUCUUCUUUCCAAUGUCUCAUAUUGAGACAUAUGAGAACGAAUGCAGUCAAGUGAUUAGAGUUUAGGACGUAGGACCAAGGAAACCCAGGUUCGAAUCCCCACUCAUCCAUGAAACUCACUGGGUGAUCUUGGGCCAGUCACUAUCUCUCAGCCCAACCUACCUCACAGGGUUGUUGUGAGGAUACAAUGUAAGGGAGGGUUAAGAGCUAUGUGAACCACUUUGAGCUUCUUGCCAGGAGGUGUAAAUCUGAUAAAUACUGCAAUAUUACCACCACUUGAUCCUCCUUUCCCCUUUAGACUUUUCAAACCUCAGUGCAGUUACUUGCUUUCUUUGAAGUCUUGGAAAACCACCCCUAUCUUGUAAAUCCACACAGUGUUGAUAUAACCAUGUAUUUUGCCUACAUACAAUAAAGCUUUUCUUUGAUGGA